GGGCCGGGGCCGGGACUGGGGAUGGUGUCACCAUCAGACUCCGGCGGCUGUGAGACUUUGGCCAAGUUGCCUCAUCUCUGUGCCCCCGUUUCUCCAUCUCUACAGCGGGAAUAACAUCAGUGCAUAACUUCUGGCUGGUUGUAAGGAUGAGAUGCCCGUAGGAGUAAAGGCUCAGCACAGCGCCUGUGGCCGGUAGUAAGUGCUGGUAGACGUGGACUCAUCACUUUUUAAGCCAGAAAGCAAAGUCAAGUCCUCAUUUCCUGUAAAGAAAGGUUCUACCACUUACUAGCCCACACUCCCUCCACCUGAGAGGUCUGGGGUGGAACGCAGAAUUAUGUAAUGGACAACUGAACUCCCUGUAUCCCACGUCUUCUGCAUUCAUAACUUUUUCUUUCCUCCCAGCUGGACCCCCUGUGGCACUGUCCAAGCUGAAAGGGCCUGUAAGGACACUGCCCGUUUCUGAGAAGGGAAAGCAGAGGCCCAGAAAAGAGACCGUUUUCCCGGGGUUAGGCAGUGAGCUGGGGCAGAGUGAGGACAGGGGCUGGGGCCUGGAGCACGGACAUCCCCCGGACGCCUGUUUGUGCUGUGCAGUGCAUUGAGCCAGGGUCCCAGCACAUCCCUGUUACAAUGUCCUUGUGGUGCUGGCAUCACCACCCCACAUCAGAGGAGUAAACUGAGGUUCCACCGCAGGAAGGGAGUGACUUGCCACUUUGCAAAGUCAGGCCAGAACCAGACACCGUGUUCCAUCCACCUUGAGGCAGGUCCUGCUGCCUGGUGCUGACCGUGGCCCCACUGGCCCUGACACUCAGGGCCCUGGCUGCUCUUAUGCAAGGGGGCCCUCAUGGCUUUUCAAAUUCUCUUUUCUGAGGUUCCAGAGAGGCCUCUGAUUCCCAUGGAGGCCCCAGACACACAAACAGGAAAAAAGGAAUGUUUGGGGUUUUCCUUUUUUCUUUUCCAAAGGACCCCUUUACAGGUCCUCUACAGGUGGCUGUGGUCAGGGCUGGAUGUGCCCAGCCAGCUUUCUAACCUUGGUCCCUCUGUCACCCACUGCCUAGAUAGUCAGCUGUCAGGUGGACCCGGUCCCCAGCCACACCCAGCGAGCAGCUCCUCUCCAGCCUGCAAGGUGGAGGCUGUGCGGCCAGGCCCAGCCUGGUCUUGGGGAUGUCACGACCGGGCGGUCCUGCUGUACGAGUACGUGGGCAAGCGGAUCGUGGACCUGCAGCACACGGAGGUUCCCGACGCCUACCGUGGGCGCGGCAUUGCCAAGCACCUCGCCAAGGCCGCCCUGGACUUCGUGGUGGAGGAGGACCUGAAGGCCCACGUCACGUGCUGGUACAUCCAGAAGUACGUCAAGGAGAACCCCCUGCCGCAGUACCUGGAGCGCCUGCAGCCGUAGCCCCGGCCCCACGGGGUGGGAGUCCACUGCCCGCCCUUCCCUCCGCGCCUUGGCCCCAGCCUCUGCGUGCUCUCAGGAAUCCUGGUCCCUGCAGGGGACAGACUCAGAGUUAUUUUUGUAAGGACGCUGGUCUGCAGCCCCUGGAGGAGGCUGGCUGUGGAUGGGCAGUGGGCCAGCUGCUGUGAUGAAGGGGAGGCCCGGCGGCUGUGGUCCGGGCUGCUUCCACUCUGCAGACAGCACUCUGCUUCUCAGGUCCCGCCUGACCAAGGAGGGCCUUUAGCCAGGACCGGGACCCAGCAGCUUGUCCCUCUGGCCCAUCUGGGUCCCACCUGCUGUUCCCUACUCUCUGAGGGGCUGAUUUGGGGCCCUGCCCGGUCUGGGUCCUUUCCGCAGAGGAGGGCACCCCUGGCUGGGCCAGCAAUAAGGAGUCUUGUGUGCCGAUUCCCAGGGUGUCCUCUUGGGUGGGCGUGACCACCACCGUGCUGCCCCUGCUGCAGCCACGUGCCUGGCCUGGAUGGGGCCGCUCUCCCUGCAGAGCGAGGCCAAGAGCCAGUGCACUCGGCACCAGCCAGGCUCAGCUGCAUGUGCAUGCACACACAACGCACACACGUACACACACACACAGCAGGACGCUAAGUGUGGAGCUGUGCCCCGGAGACAGGCUGAUGGGGUGCCUGGUGUCUCUCCUUAUCCCCCCAUCUGUCAGCUCUGCAGGAAACAGGCCCCACCCGCAGUGCCCUCCCCUUUCCAGCCUGGGCAUCACUGAGGUCCCUGCCCCUCACUGGCUUCUUGGUGCCCCUGUGGGUGGGCUUUCUCAGGACCCUUCCAAGCUGGGGUGGGAGGGAGGAGAGCGUCCUCCAUGAACCAUCCUCCCCACUCAGUAGGAAGAAAGGGUUCUGUGGAGCCAGACAUCAGAGUCUUUCCCUUUCUGUGAGCUCAGGUGUCCUGGGGCCCCUCCCAAACCAGCCUUCCUGGAGACGGCCUGGGGAGCGCCCCCUUUGUUCUAUGGGGCCAGCCUUUCUGGGGGCUUCCUUCUGGAGGCUAGUUAGGGCUCAGGAUAUCAGCUCCAUGAGUGCUUCUCUGUGGGGCUGGAGGGGAGCCCAGGAGUCAGUCCCUUUGGGGCUGGGACAUUAGUUAAUGGUGGACGCCUGAGGAGAGGUGGUCCCUUCAGGCUUCUAAAGGGGUGGGCUGGUUGCCACAGGGACCCUUCCCUUGCCUGACUCAGCACGUGUUGGCCUGUGUCCCUUUUCCACUAACCUGUCCACUCCCAGUCUUGGCACUGAGCCCCCCAGCACCACAGCGGUCUGUGGUACAGCAGCCUGUGCAACGCUCGUGCACAGAUCUUUCCCACCGAGGGCCAGGGCAGCUCCACUGCACGUUCCCGCGAGUCACAUCCUCAGCACCCCACCCUCACCUCUCCCAUGUCACACCCCCCAGCCCCACUCUGGCCUCCAGAAUUCCAGAGAGGACUGAGGGCACCCCCCAUCCUUCCCACCGUGCUCCCAGCUCUGUUUGCAGAGGGCUGUUGGGGGAGGUGGGGAAGCCCCACCGUGCCAGCAGGAGAUAGGCUCAGCUGCCGGGUCCCUUCCAGGGCCAGGGGUGUCCCCUUUCUGGCGCAGUUUAGGAAGAGAAUGGGUUGUGGGCUUGAGAGUGGAGAUACCCCCUACCAGGCUCUGGACCUUUUCCCACUCUCUCCCGCAUCACCCCCUCCCCACCACGCAUCCCUCCCCAAGUUCAGCACAGACUCCGUCAAGCAGACUUCUCUCCAGUAGCUCAGUGAGCGGGAGCCGAGCCCUUGGCAGCCCUUGGGGAGAGGUGACCACAGGAGGCGCCCUGCGGCAGUGGCACGGGGACCCCAGGGCAAGCAGCAUGUUGAGGAGAGGAGGGCCAGGUGGCACCGGCUGGGGGGAACCCCACCAUGUUCCAAGAGCAGGUGACUCGCUGCACCUGGGAGGCAUCCACACAAAACACUUAGUACUUGAACCAGGGACUGUGGGACGUGCAGCCCGACCCCAGGGGCAGCUUGUCCCCAGUUUCUGCAGGUGCGACCCUGGCCUCUUUGCCUUGGGCUGCCUUAAAAUGCCGCUGCCCCCUUCCACACACACACACACAAACACACAACCCUCGGGCAGCAGUAACAGCCUCCUCUCCCAGGCCAGCUGGGCCGCUGCAGGCAACACCCUGGAGCCCCCAGCCCACCUCUGCCAGCUCACCCCAUCCCACCAAGGCUGGCCUGUCCCCGGUGCUACCCAGCCUGUCUGGCAUCUCAGCCUUGGCCCCGUCCCUCCCGGCACACUCGAUCAGGGGGCAGGUUACAUGGGCCAGUUCAUGUGCCACCGGUAGGGUUGGGGGACACUCACUCACCCAGGCCCCUUCGCAGCAGGUCACCCCAAAGGCCCGUGCUCGCCAGCCACGCCUCACUUUGUGGGUUUCUCUUCUUGCCCAGUCAAAAUAGGUGGGAACUCUCGUGCCUUUCCGACUCAGGACCUCUUACAGGUGGCGUCUGGGCCAGGCUGGCCUCCGGACGGGUUGCAUGACAUACAUUUCAAUAAAAGAUAUGACCCAGUGUGG